GACAGCCCUAGUUUUCGAUUGCCCAGUUCACGUUAUUUAGAUACAAAAACGAAUAGCACAAACCUUUGCUAUUUACCCAAUUAAAAAUGGUUGGUUGGAGCCGUAUCUUAUCACCGGCGGCGCAAUUUGCCAAAUACCGUGCGGUGCUACAAACUCCUGCCUGCAGGCGUGCACUGCAGCAACAGCUGCGCCAAAUGAGCGGUGAUCAUGGACACCAUCACAUGGUAAUAAAGCCAUCACGCUUUCAAUGGGACAAGUUCAAGGAUCUAAUGCAUUUUUACGUAAUGCUUGGCGUAGUGCCUAUAACAGCGCUUGUGCUCUAUAGCAACAUUUUCGUGGGACCUGCUCAGCUGUCGGAAAUACCUGAGGGCUAUGUACCCAAGCACUGGGAGCAUGAAAAGCAUCCGAUAUCGCGUUUUAUUUCGCGCUUUAUGCUUAACUCUCAGCAACAGAACUAUGAGAAAGCCUUGCAUCAUUUGUACGAAGAAAAUGAAAAGGCGCAAAUACGUCUACUCGAAGAGGAAAUUCGCCGAAAAAUGUCCGAGCGCAAUGAUUACCAGGCCUAUUACUAUCGUCCCACAAUGGCCAAAUACCACAGAGUUUCCAAAGAGGCAGCUGAUGAGCUAGAAAACCUACGUGGUGAUUAAUUUCAAAUAAUUUGUUUUCAUUUUAAGCAAUGGCAAAUAAAAUGUGAAUUUUAUAAGGCUCACAAUUAACA